ACCCCUUUGGUGAACAAUGGAGCCCAAACUGAAAGUGUUUACUCCUCUUUUCACACACACAUUCACCGGUUAAGACUAAUACCGGCAGAGAUCCUCAUUGAAGCUCGGUGCCAUCAAGUCCUUAAAGGCUCAGCUUUUUUUUUCUUAUUAUUUUUUCUACUCUCCACGGACACAAAGACAAAACCUUGAAAGCAUCACACACGCCUAGCUGAAGUUUGCGAAGACGUCGACGAACCGCGUGCUCGGGACGGGCGAGAGCAUGCGUGGCGUGCGUGCGCGCGCGCGUGUUUAUAUGAGAAGGCAACCCGGCUCAACCGUCACAUGAGACUCAAAAGAGCCGAGGAGACCAAGUGUUCGCUCACCAUCGCCCCUCUGGCCCGCCGCCCGUUGCCCUUUCUCGGCUUUGAACGACCGCGUUGACGAAAUGUCACAGACGGAUGUCAACGGGGCGCCUCGCAGGGGCAAGGUGCUCACUCUGGACACGAUGAACCCCAACAUCAAGCAGGUGGAGUACGCCGUUCGAGGGGCCAUCGUGCAACGGGCGGUGAAGAUCGAGAAGGAGCUCAGAGAGGGUGCCAAGAAACCUUUCACGGAAGUCAUCAAGGCCAACAUCGGCGACGCUCACGCCAUGGGCCAGAAGCCCAUCACGUUUCUCCGACAGGUUCUGGCAAUGUGCGCUUAUCCCGAGCUCCUCAAGGACGACGGCUUUCCAACGGACGCCAAGCAACGGGCGCGGCGGAUUCUUGAGGCCUGCGGAGGCCACAGUAUAGGUGCGUACAGCGCCAGCCAGGGCAUCGAGUGCAUCCGUCGGGAUGUGUCGCGUUUCAUAGAGAGGAGAGACGGCGGCGUCGCAUCCGAUCCGGACGACGUCUUCCUUUCCACCGGGGCCAGCGACGCCAUCGUGACCAUGCUCAAGUUGAUGGUGAGCGGCGAGGGUCGUACCCGCACGGGAGUGCUGAUCCCCAUCCCGCAGUAUCCGCUGUACUCGGCCGCCAUCGCCGACUUGGGCGGCGUGCAGAUUAGUUACUACUUGGAUGAGGACAAGUGUUGGAGCCUGGAUGUGGCCGAGUUGCGAAGGGCCCUGCGAGCGGCGAGGGAGCACUGCCAGCCCCGCGUGCUCUGCAUCAUCAACCCCGGAAAUCCCACUGGUCAAGUCCAGAGCAGGCAGUGCAUUGAAGACGUGAUCCGCUUCGCAAAAGAGGAGCGCCUCUUCCUCAUGGCCGAUGAAGUCUACCAGGACAACGUGUAUGCCGAAGGCUGCGAGUUUCACUCCUUUAAGAAGGUGCUCUUUGAGAUGGGACCAGAGUACUCGAGUACUGUGGAGUUGGCCUCUUUCCACUCCACCUCCAAAUGCUACAUGGGAGAGUGCGGAUUCCGCGGAGGCUAUAUGGAGAUCGUUAACAUGGACCCGGCGGUGAAGGCCCAACUUGUCAAGCUGGUGUCGGUGCGCUUAUGCCCCCCCGUGCCCGGGCAGGCCCUCCUGGACUUGGUGGUGAAUCCCCCUCAGCCCGACGAGCCCUCCUACGCCGGCUUCAUGAAGGAACGUACUGCGGUGCUGGACGCCUUGGCCAAGAAGGCCAGGAUGACCGAGCAGAUUUUCAACAAGGUGCCCGGUAUCACGUGUAACCCCGUGCAGGGCGCCAUGUACACUUUCCCCCGCAUCACUCUGCCACCAAAGGCGAUCGACAAGGCUAAGGAGGAAGGCCAAGCGCCUGACAUGUUUUACUGCAUGAGGCUGCUGGAAGAGGAGGGCAUCUGUCUGGUACCAGGUAGCGGCUUCGGGCAAAGAGAGGGAACGUUCCAUUUCAGGAUGACCAUCCUACCCCCGGCUGAGAAAUUAGAGCUUGUACUGCAGAAGAUCAGCGCCUUCCACCAGCGCUUCACUAAAGAGUUUUCUUAAGUCUUCCGCUUAGUUCCAAGUGCCUUUAUCCGAACAAGUGGAGCUUCGAGGUCCUACUUUUGCAUCGGCCCAUUCGACUUUGCUUAGUUUUUAAUAUAGCACGAGUAAACCAAUUUUAUCAUGCAUGAUGCACUUUGCCACGCCAGAUAAUCGUGCUAACUCUUCACCGUCCCCAAAAAAGAAACGCCGCGCAAGCUCGUGCCUGCCAUUCAAGGUGCCAACUGAAAUGUAAGAAGCGCUUUGAAAACCGCCAUUAAACGCUUGCAUUUGUUAA